UCUGGUAAGGCCGUAGUGAAAGACGCUCACAGAUUAUUCUGUCCAGUAAAUUCCCAAAAAUAAAACUUCUGAACAAAAAUUGCAGAAAAAAUUAAGUAAAAAACAUUGCACUUUGACUUAUUAUUUGCGAUAUGAGUUUUUCUGACGAUUCCUCCGAUUUAGAAUGGAAAGAACCAAAAAAGAAAAGCAAGUCCAUAAAGAAGGAGCAGCAGACAUCUCAGAAUAAACCUAAAUAUGCACAGAAGUUCUGCACGAAAUGGUUAAAUAUUUUUAGCCCCUGGCUUACACGAUGUGAGGAUGAUCCUAACAAACCUUUCUGUCGAGCAUGCCAAUGUCGUUUAGAUUGCAACCGCUGCCACUUGCAGCGACAUGAACGCACUACAAAGCAUGUACGCAAUUUGGAAAUACUCGUGAGUAAAGGCGAAGGUGCAGCGCGCCAAAACUUAAGUAUUCGUCAGGAGCGCAGCAAAUACUAUCAACAACGUAAGAAGUUCAGUUCAUCUUUUGCGUCAUCACAAGAUGCUUCAGAGCUCGGCGCUGAUACGGGAGACGAGUUCAUUGAUGGAGGUGAACCUGAAAGUGAAACAGCAUUUCAAUUUGUUCAAACCGAAUCUGCACCAGGGGAAGAGUAUAAUGAUGAAACUGUUUUAAAACAGGAAGCCAUAUCUACUGAUGACCACGGUGACCCUCUGCCGACAAGUUCAACAUUGAAGCAAGAAAAAUCGCGGGCUAGUAGUCCCAAGAAAGUUGGAGUUAAAAAAGAAAGAAUGAAGCUCUUGAUGCAAAUUCAAAAGGAUAAGAACGAUCUAAUGGACUCUUUUAGAGAUCUAAUGGGUGUACCGAAUCAACAAUCGCCUCCUAAGGACAAAAAUCACGUUGAUCUAUUCUUUGAAAGCGUUAGUUCCAGUGUCAAAGCUUUAUCACCGAAAUUAAUUGCCGAAGCGAAAAUGCGCGUUUCACAAUUGAUAUGUGAGUUAGAAUUACGAGCUCUUACCGAAAAUGACGCAAAUGCUUGUGGAGGUAGCUCCGCAGCAGUGGUUGUGUCGUCCGAUACUGGAGCCGUCAGCAAUGCGUAUAUUAUAAAUCAGCCAGUAGCUGGCAUGGUGCAAGAUCAUGCAACAGAAAGUAGUGGACAGCAUUAUGAAACACUUAGUUGAAAAUAAACACUUGGUAAAUGUAAA